CUUUACCGCGACCUGCCAAAUCCUUUAGCGGGGCAGAUUUCAUAAUCUUUUAGCCAGUCAUUCGGAAAUGAUUUUUUUUAAAUCCUCCUGCAAAACGAUAUUAUGCGAAAGCUUCUCUUCCGCGCAGAAUUAAGUCGCAGCCUGCUGUCAGGGGGGCGUGGUUUCUGCCUGAUCCCCUCCAUCUAAUCCCAACUCCUCGCAGCCUUCUGGGUUCAUGCUUUAAACGUGGCAUUUGGCUGCCAACAAGUUAGCUCUGACAUUGACUCCCGCCAUGGGUCGCCGCUCGGGAUCCCUGUACAUUUGCCUAUCAAUGUUUUUUCAGCUGGUUCUUCUCUUCAAUGAAGCUGGUGCCACUGGCAAGGGGUGCAGCCACAUAUACAAAGGAUUUGCCGAAUGUUUGCUGAAACUGGGAGACAGUUUGGCCAAAUCGAUUGAAGGAGAAAGUGAGGAGGUGAAGGAAUUGGACACAGUGUGCCGGUCCUGGGACAACUUCCAUGCCUGCGCAGACUCUGUUCUGGAAGGUUGCCCAGAAGAUGCAGCUUCCAUCUGGGAGUCGCUGAGGAAGGAGUCCAGGAAGCUGCAGUUCCAGGGCAACUUGCACGAGCUGUGCAGUUCGAGGGUCAGACCGUCGGGAACCAUGGAAAGCUCAGACGGCAGUGAAUCGAACAGAGAGAGUCUGAGGGGCUCCGCUGGUGCCCUGUGGUGUGGACUUACAAGCCCUGUCCUGUCCAUUGCUGUCAUGGUGGCCAACUUGUAGCAAAGUCAUCCAGGCAGGAUCUCCAGGUCAGAUCCCUUCACCUGAGAGACAAGGACCUGAUGAGCCAUGGACACAGAUGCAAAGAUUGGCCGAUGUCUUUCGAUGGUGCAUCUUUCUGUGGGAACAUUUCACAUUGUGUUGGAACUACACUCAUUUAGUUACAUGUUUCAUUCAAAGGCAAUUGGCUCAAACCUUUAGUUGAUUAGAUACACCAACAUAAGAGUAGCUAUUGGGCAAAUGUGCAGCCCAGAGGGUCCCAGGUUCAAUCCCAGCUUUGAAUGGAAUUAGCUCAUCUCAGACAAGGGGUGUUGGAGGAUCUCGAGAUUGUUGCGCUAGGUUUGGAACCAUUAGCCAAGGUACCCCUCACACAUUGCCAUCCAGUUGCUUGGGGGGUACGUCAGAUUCCUGGUGCCACCCAAUCUGAGAAGCUCAACUUUGGAAAGAUUCUCGAUAAGCAUUUAAAUAACUUUAAUAAGUAAGGGAGUUGUGGGGUCAAGUCACAAGAAUGGGGUCGAGUGGGAAUGAAAGAUGAGCCAUGAUUAAAUGGCGGAGUAGACUUGGUGGGCCGAAUGGCCUAUUUCUGCUCCUGAAUUUCUCUUCAUGAACUUAUGAACUUUCAGUGCAUUAUGCUAAGGUGGGGUCGGGAGCAAAGAUUGACAUGAAACCAAGGGGACGUCAAGAUUAUGAUUUUCUCACCUAAUCAAUGGAAGUAAUAGCAGUAAGAAGAUUGCAGUUGUAUUGGGAGUUUGUAUCAAUUGGUCUACAUGCGAUCAUAUGGAGCGGCAAAAGAACUUGCCAUUCAUUCACGUUUUCUACCCUUGGUCUUUCUUGGCCAUGCUCUCCACCUUCAGCCACAGUUGCAACCUUCCCUCGGGCACGAGAUCAUGAUCUGGAUUGAAAUCUCAAUGUGGAGGGGCAGAGAAAGCAGAGAAAAUAGAUGGCCUCUCCCUGAUCCUAUGGUUUAGAUUAAUGCCGAGGAUCUCAAGCCACUGCUUGAGUAGGAGAAGGAAGGUCUCCUGACAUGAUGGCCAAUAACAGCCAGUGAGACCAGGAAACAAAUCAAUGAUUAUUGCAACUUAUCAUCUCCUUGAUGGGCUCUGAUCAAGGAAUCACACCUCAAGCCAAAAAACCUCAAACGCUGGGCCGGCGUGGUGGCGCUCACGGAGAUCGAUCUUGACAAUGGAUGCUGUCUGUACGGAGCUUAUACAUUCUCCUUGUGACCACGUGGGCUAUUUCUCCGGAUGCUCCAUUUUCUCCCCACACUCCAAAG